AUGUCCGAUGAAGAACGUGUAACGAAGCCCUUCAAGUUCGUCACUGGUGUCGACGCUCGAUUCCCUAACCAGAACCAGACCAAGCACUGCUGGCAGAACUACGUCGACUACCAUAAGUGCAUCAACGCCAAGGGCGAGGACUUUGCCCCGUGCCGUCAGUUCUUCCUCGCAUACCGAUCUCUAUGCCCGAGCGGAUGGUACCAACGAUGGGAUGAGCAGCGAGAGGCUGGAAACUUCCCCGCCAAGUUGGAUGCUUAA